AAAAAUAUAUGUAUUUCUUGUGUGUUUAUGAUAAAGAGAUAUGUCAUUAAAUGCAAACUUUCCAACUAGUGGGCCCUAUGACUACGAACAAAGUCGUUUUCCUCAUCAUGGCUUUGUAAGGAAAGAUGGCCGAAACAGAAAGACAACUCAGCUCUUAAGAGAUAAGAAACCUAACAUAAUUCUUGUUCUUACUGAUGAUCAGGAUAUAGAAUUAGGUUCUAUGAAUUUUAUGCCCAAAACGCUCCGCAUCUUGGGGGAUGGAGGUGCUCACUUCUCCAAUGCUUACGUCACCACUCCCAUGUGUUGUCCCUCCCGCAGUUCGUUGCUGACUGGCCUUUACGUACACAAUCAUCAAGUUCAUACAAAUAAUGACAACUGCAGCUCACCCUGGUGGCAGCAAGAGCAUGAAACAAGAACUUUUGCGACAUAUUUGAAUAAUGCUGGAUACAGAACUGCUUAUUUUGGCAAAUACUUGAAUGAAUACAAUGGUUCUUACAUUCCUCCUGGUUGGCGAGAAUGGGUGGCUCUAAUUCGCAAUUCGAGAUUUUAUAAUUACUCUAUUAAUGUGAAUGGCAACAAGAUAAAACAUGGAGAUAAUUAUUUUAAAGAUUAUUAUCCUGAUUUAAUUGCCAAUGACAGCAUAAAUUUUCUUCGUAGAUCUAAAAGACAUUUUGUUAACAAGCCUGUGAUGAUGGUUCUUUCAUUUCCUUCUCCUCAUGGACCAGAAGAUGCAGCUCCCCAGUACCAAAAUUUAUUUCAGAAUGUCACAACACACAGAACUCCAAGUUGGAAUUUCGCUCCUAAUCCUGACAAGCAGUGGCUUUUAAGGAACACAGGAAAAAUGGAACCAAUUCAUGUCAAAUUUACAGAUGUUCUGCAUACAAAACGAUUGCAGACACUUCAGUCUGUUGAUGAUGCUGUUGAAAAAUUGUAUAGGGAAUUGAGACUGCUUGGUGAACUAGAGAAUACCUACAUAUUUUACACUUCUGAUCAUGGCUACCAUUUAGGACAGUUUGGACUAGUGAAAGGCAAAUCUAUGCCUUUUGAGUUUGAUGUUAGAGUUCCUUUCUUCGUUCGUGGACCUAGAGUUCCCAGAGGUGUUAGAAUUCAAGAUAUUGUGCUGAACAUAGACUUGGCCCCAACUUUUCUUGACAUUGCUGGGGUUGAUGUGCCUGACCACAUUGAUGGGCGAUCAGUGCUCUCUCUCUUGAAGGAUGCGGAUGCUUGGGCAAGCUCAGGUCACCGCCACACAGAAGUGAAGCGAAAGAGAUCUUGGCGAGACACUUUUCUUAUUGAAAGAGGAAUAGUUAAUAGUCAGCGAAAAAAUGCAAAGAAUAUGUAUCCAAGUUUGUCCCCAGUGCUGCCCAAGCUUACAAAAGAUCAAAGACUUGCUGUUGAAUGCAAGAAAGCUCAUUAUUCUUCUCCAUGCAAACUGUAUCAGAAAUGGGAAUGCAUUCAUGAUGGAUAUCGAUGGAGAAUUCAAAAGUGCAGACUCCAUUUUUCUAAUCCAGAUAACUGCUUAUGUCCUGAUAGGGACAAUGAUGAUUUUCUGGAUUGGAAUAUGGAAGAACUACAGAGGAGACCCGACGUGCUGAUGGAAUUACCAGCAAAGAAACGUAAACAUGUUGAAAGAACCAAAUUUCUUAUUCCUAAAGAGUCAAAAUUCCCAGGCAUUCCUUCACGUUGGAAAAGAUUUGCUGCUGAGCCUGAAAUAUUUGAUGUUGAAGGCAUUGAGCAACUUUAUCAGUUAUUAGAUGCAACUGUUGGGACAAGAACAGAAAGCAAGAACAUUUCAAAUGCAGCACAACUGACUGACACUGGCACCUCUUCAGAGGAAGACAUGAGUCUGUUCACGGAAUCGUCUGUAUUCGAAGAGAGGGACAAGAGGGAGACUCCGGCCAGCUUUCAGCUUGGAAUUCACAAUGAAUGCAUCCUGUUGCCCAAUGGAAGCAGAACCUGUUUUGAUGAUGGCCAAACAAAUCCUCUGCAGUGGCAGGAGAAGAAGGAAAGACUGGAUGGAAUGAUCAAGAAACUUAGGCAAAAACUAGAGGAACUUAAGGUUAUUAGAAAACAAUUAAAGAAAACUAAGCCUAGUGCACAUAAGAACUACUUUAGCACAGAUUUGUAUGAUUUGAAUCCUUUCAAUCCUGCUUGUGUUUGUGACCCACAAGAUCAGAUCCAAAUAAGGCAGCAGUUGAAAGACGAGCGUCGACAGAGGCGAGAAGAUUUGAAGAGGGAAAGGCAGUUACGCAAAGAGGAGCACUUGAAGAAACUGGGCAGGAAAUUGAGACGCAAAACCAAGUUUGAGAAUAUGACCUGCAAUGCAGAAAAGAUGAAUUGCUUCACUCAAGAUAAUAAUCACUGGAAGACUCCACCUCUGUGGACAGAGGGUCCAUUUUGCUUUUGCCAGAAUGCAAAUAACAACACCUUUUGGUGCCUGAGGACAAUCAAUGAGACUCACAACUUUCUUUACUGUGAAUUUGUGACAGGGUUCAUCACUUUCUAUGAUCUGCGUACAGAUCCUUAUCAGAUGAGAAAUGCUAUUUAUGACCUGGACUAUGGUACCUUGGAAAAAUUGAGAAUGCAACUCAACCAUCUUAGAAGUUGCAAAGGUUCUAAGGAGUGCACAGUGCGGCAUAGGUUUGAAGGUCAAAAGCCUCCACAUAGGCAAAGAGCAGCUGUAAAUGCUAGAAGCAGAUCUAUUAGGCACUGGAAAAAUGAUCAAAGAUGGGCGAAUCGAAAAUCUUCCUCUUGGCCAGGUACAGAACGGCAAAGCAAAUGGAAAUGAACUUUUCUCUUGGCUGACUCGAGAUCUGCAUUUCUUUGUUGUUGAGCAAGGUGGUACCAACAAGCUUAUGUUUUCUCAAAGCAUUUGGUACAAAGCUGAUUCCCAUUCAUCUGUGAUUUAGACUAUUUCAAUUUUUUGUUUCUUAUCAGCAGACUUUCACAUAAUGCCUUUUACUUUGCUUUAAACCGGACCAACUUCAAUCAUAUGCACCCAUACAUGUAUAUUUGCUGUAUUAUUUUCGGACGUUUGUUUUUUUUCAUUCCUCGGAAUGUUAAAAGCAAGAAAAUAUACAAUGAUUGAGGAGUUUUAAUAAUUUGUCUUUAUGUAUCGAGAAUUUUAUAAAUUUGCAUUCCUAGUUUGAUUAGGUUUUAACUGUACUGUGUACUAUACUUGUAACUAUACUGUGUUCAGGGAAAAGACCGACUAGAUUUAUAAGUAAAUAACUAUGCGGCGAACUAUUUGGCGGCGUCAAUCACGUGUUUGCCAUGGACAAUGACAAUAACAAAUCAGUGCCAAGUAGAGGGCAAGUAUUGGUUUAUUUUUUUUUUUAUUAUGAAGAAUAUCUCAAAAAGUGGCAAACCUUCUGGCAACCCAUUUUUUUACUUUUCGUCUGUCUCAUUUUUGCCGAACUGUGUGUAGUUUAAAAUGUGCAAAUUUUAUGAUGAGUUUUUAGUAACCUUGGCUAUGCACAGGAGUCCCAAAUACUGUAUAUGUGUGUGUUUAAAUUGUAUUGGACCUGAUUCUUCAGUAAUAAUAAAAAAGAAUGGAAGUUCUUCCUUUCUUUUCCUUGCAAUUUUAAAAGACGCAGUUACAACUAUUUUAAACCAGGAAAAAGUCUAAUUAGAGGAAUGGACUAACUGCCUUAUUCAUAUUCUGUGAUCGCUGGCUUCUCCCACAUGAGGUCUAAUGUGCUCAGCGCCAGAUCUUCAAUUUUUCUGAGCCGGGGCAGAAACUUGAAACUGAGGCCCUGAGCCAUCCUUCUUCGAUGCAGUUUUUUUAUAUAUCAAUUAUCAAGGGAGAAAAAAAUGCAGAAAUGGGGAGGGGCUUUGGCUUACUACUCCUUAGAUCUGGCACUAGCAGCACCAAAUCAAAACUUUUUUUUUUUUCUAAAAUAAGCAAUCUCACGCCUGAUUUUGUUGGAAUUUCUGUUCAAGUACAGAAGAACCUUUAUUCACCAAAGUUUUCGACAGAGCCAAAUA